AUGCAACAGGGCGCGCGGGCCUACGACACUGUAGAGGAGGUCCUCGAGGAGCUCCACGAUGACGGCGUCGUCUGUGACGUUUGCCUUAUACAAGACCAGGACGAUGAGGACGGCAACCCGAACCUCAUCCUUAUCUGUGACGCCUGUGAAGCCGCGGUCCACCAGGAUUGCUAUGCUAUAGCGCGCGUGCCCAAAGGAGCAUGGUAUUGCGACUUCUGCACAUACGCUCGAGAGAACAGCCUCAGCGAGGAGGAGGCGAGGAGGGAACGACAAUGUUUGUUGUGUCCGCGGCGAACGGGGGCUCUCCUCAGGAUCAAAGGUGGCAUGUUUGGAGGGUAUUGGAUCCACGCCGCCUGCGCUUGGUGGAUACCCGAGUGCAGCAUUCAGGAGGGGAGAUACGGGUACAUAUCUUUGGACGCGGCCUCUAUGCGGAAUCUACAAGAAAGAUUUGAAGCGGUCUGUGAUGUCUGUCGUCUCCCUCAUGUUGGAGCUGUACUUCAGUGCUCCGCAAAAGGCUGUUACCGAGGCUUCCACGUCCCCUGUGCACGUGCUAUGAACUAUGCUCUCGAUCUAGUAGCCGAAGCUGAUCACAUACACGACGACGAGGAGGGUGAUAUCAUCCUCCCUCUGAAGGCGUACUGCGAUAAACACCGUCACGAGGCCUAUCCUGACGAGCCCCGCUUCAAGCGAUGGAAGUCCGAUCAGCAACAACGCGUCUGCUACGUACAGAAUUUGAUCAAUCGGAAUCGUACAAUACUCAUCGAUAUGAGACAGAACCUCAAGGACCGCAGUAGAUGGGCACUGCUGAUAAACCAAAUGCUCCUCCAAGUUACUCUUGAGGCAUAUCCUUCGGGGGAGAACUGUCUUCAUGAAUGUAUAUUACCUGCGAACUGGGCAAAGGAAAAACGACUGCCAAAAUAUGAGGGCGAACCCGCGAAGACCUAUCCCUACACGUUAGAUAGAUUCCAGUCUGAGGCUGUAUCCUGUUUGGAACGCAGUGAAUCGGUACUUGUGUCGGCGCAUACGUCGGCUGGUAAGACUACAGUGGCUGAGUACGCCAUUGCUAUGAGUAUGCGGGACAAUCAGAGAGUUAUUUACACGUCCCCUAUCAAGGCGCUGAGUAACCAGAAGUAUCGUGAUCUCGCUGAUGAGUUUGGCAGUGAUGUUGGUUUGAUGACAGGGGAUGUAACCAUCAACCCUAAUGCGAGUUGUAUGAUUAUGACCACUGAGAUCUUGAGGUCCAUGCUGUAUCGAGGAAGUGACGUAUGUCGGGAAGUGAAGUGGGUCAUAUUCGACGAGGUGCAUUACAUGAGGGAUAGGGAUAGAGGCGUUGUAUGGGAGGAGACCAUGAUCCUCUUACCUGAUACAGUACGCUUCGUCUUCCUCUCGGCUACUAUACCCAAUGCGAGGGAAUUCGCUGAGUGGAUUUGCCGUAUUAAGCACCAGCCCUGCCAUCUGAUCUACACUGACUACAGGCCGGUGCCGCUACAACACUACGUGUAUCCUUCUAUGGGGGAUGGAGUCUAUCUCACUGUCGAUGAGAAGGGCAAGUUCCGAGAGGAUAACUACGGGAAAGCCGUUGAGAUACUAGAGAAGAAUACNNNNACGGUCCUGGCUUUCGCUGAGUGGUUGUCUGAUCUCCGCUCGUCGAGUCAAGAGGACGAAAGGGCGACUGGUGCAGCAAUGAGACAGUGUGGGAGGGAGGCGAAGAUGUAA